UGUGGGAUUAGUGAAAUGCUACCUUAACAGUAAAAGGUUGAAGAUGUUUAGACAGAAUUCAGUGGCUUUGACAGUGACCACCCUUCUGGGUGUGGUCGUGGGGGGAUUUGUCCUAUGGAAAGGCAUCCAGCGCAGAUGGAGUAAGACAAGCAGAGAGAUGCAGCAGCAGCAGCAGCAAUCACAGAAGCAGCAGCAGCAGCCACAGCAGCAGCACCAGCAACCACAGCAGCAGCACCAGCACCAAGUGCCUGGUAGGAGAGAGUGGCCUCCUCCAGAAGAUGCCCGGAGAGCACCCAGAGCCUCGUGGGAGGAGAGGAUACUCCAGGCAGAGGUGGUGACAGUAUCUCAGGAGGCAGAGUGGAAUCAUAUCCAGCCCUUCCUUAGGAGAGAGCUGGAAGAUUUCCCAGUGCUUGGAAUCGACUGUGAAUGGGUGAAUUUGGAAGGCAAAGCCAGUCCUUUGUCACUCCUACAAAUAGCUUCCCCGAGUGGCUUCUGUGCAUUGAUUCGCUUGCCCAGGCUGAUCUAUGGAGGCAAAACACUACCAAGAACACUUUUGGACAUACUGGCAGAUGGCACCAUCUUGAAAGUAGGAGUGGGAUGCUCAGAAGAUGCCAACAAGCUUCUACAGGAUUAUGGACUCAUUGUAAGGGGGUGUCUAGACCUCCGCUACCUAGCCGUGAAGCAGGGAAACAGUAUACUCUGUAAUGGGCUGAGCCUGAAAUCCCUUGCUGAGACUAUUUUGAACUUUCCACUUGACAAGUCCCUUGUACUUCGUUGCAGCAACUGGGAUGCUGAGAAUCUUACUGAAGACCAGGUGACUUAUGCUGCCAGGGAUGCACAGAUUUCAGUGGCUCUCUUUCUUCAUCUUCUUGGAUACCCUUUCUCUAGAAAUUCCUGUGAGGAGGGAAACAGUGACCAAAUCAGCUGUCGGAAAGUCUUGGAGAAAUGCAGGGAUAUGGUAGACAUCCCAUUCCGAAGCAAGGGACUUGGCCGAUUGUGUGAAGAGGUUAAUGGGGAUGCACUGGAAUCUCACCAGAGGUCAAGAUACAGGAAGACUAAGCCCAAUGGAAUGGUGCCAGGCAACAACCCAGGGAGAGACCCCAGGAAGAAUAAAAGAAAGCCCUUGGGGGUGGGCUAUUCCGCCAGGAAAUCACCUCUCUAUGAUAACUGUUUUCUCCAAGCCCCUGAUGGACAGCCCCUGUGCACCUGUGACCGGAGGAAAGCUCAGUGGUACCUGGACAAAGGCAUUGGAGAGCUGGUGAGUAAAGAGCCUUUUGUGGUCAGGCUACAGUUUGAACCUGCAGGAAGACCUGAAUCCCCAGGAGAUUAUUACCUGAUGGUCAAAGAGAACCUGUGUGUUGUAUGUGGCAAGACAGAUACCUACAUCCGGAAAAAUAUCAUUCCACACGAGUACCGCAAGCAUUUCCCCAUUGAGAUGAAGGACCACAACUCCCAUGAUGUGCUGCUGCUCUGCACCUCCUGCCAUGCCAUCUCCAACUACUAUGACAACCAUCUGAAGCAGCAGCUGGCCAAGGAGUUCCAGGCUCCCAUUGGCUCAGAGGAGGGCUUACGCCUGCUGGAAGACCUAGAGCGUAGGCAAGUGCGUUCUGGAGCCAGAGCCCUGCUCAACGCAGAGAGCCUGCCUGCCCAUCGGAGAGAAGAGCUGCUGCAUGCACUCAGGGAGUUCUAUAACACCGAUAUUAUUACAGAGGAGAUGCUUCGAGAGGCCGCCAGCCUGGAGACCAGGAUCUACAAUGAGAGCUAUAUUCCUCAUGGGCUGAAGGUGGUACAGCGUCACACAGAGGGUGGGCUGCGCUCCCUCAUGCAGCUGGAGAGCCGCUGGCGCCAGCACUUCCUGGACUCCAUGCAGCCCAAGCACCUGCCCCAGCAGUGGUCAGUGGACCACAACCAUCAGAAGCUGCUCCGGAAGUAUGGCGAGGACCUUCCCAUCAAACUGUCGUGACUGCUGCUCCCUGCAGGUCAGGACAGGCAGGAAGCAGGAGCCAAGUCAAUUACCUCCUACUGUUUAAUGUCAUUGGUGGAAGCCCAGAUGACUGGCUCAGAAUGCUAAGCUAUACUAACCCCAGGUACUUCUGAUGGAGCCAGGCUGUUUUAAGGGGAGCCUAUGGUUUGGAAUCUUAAUUGAGGAGUCUAUUCUUUACCCCUUCUCUCCUGUUUUUGUGUGCAAGGAGGGCUGGGUCUUUAUUUUCUCACUCUCUGCUUUUCCUGUUAAGAGGGAAGGUGGAGACUUCUCUCUGGAGUGACUUGGCAGGCCCUGGGAAAACGUCGGAUUCUCUCCCCUCUCCACUGCAUUGCUUUUUCUGGGGCAGGGAGAAAACUUUCUUCUGGAGUUGAAGUGACCCAGAGUCAGAUUCAUAUUCCCAGUUCAACCUCAUGACUUUAAUCUUUCUUGCUCUCCAUAUUCAUUUGUUUGGGGUCCAUCCCACCUGGUACUUGGAUUUAUCUUACAUGCUUGAAAAUGUCCCCACUUGUGCAUACAGGACCAAAGCCCCGCUUGCUGCCAUGGGCAUCUUCUCUAUCAUGGGGAAGUCAUUUUCUGGGAAGGAGUUUUCAGCUGCCUGGGGCUGGCAAGUAGACACGGUUUCCUAAGAGAGCUCUGCUGUGUUGCUCAGCCUCUCCUUCGCUGGCUGUCUACUUGCUGGUACCUCCCGUCCUGCUUCUGAGGAUCCCCACUUCUCAGAGUCAGUGCCCAGCCUCUUCAGUGUUCAUGUUCUACUGCAUAUGCAAUACUGACCUCUCGUACGUACAUAGCACUUAAUCCCCUCCCAGAGCCAUCUGGCCAGGUCACAGGGUGAGGACUUCACCUACCCUGGGGCCUGGGACACCGAGAUUAACUGAUACAUUCGAAGUUUAAAAGGGUAAUGUUUCAUCUUUCAAGAUGUUAGACUACUACUUUGAGUAUGAAAUCAAUUUAUUAGCAAUUAGUAUUUUUUCUAAACUAUUAGGAAAACUUUCUUAUUUUAUAAGAUCUUAACAAGCUUGAAAAAAUUUUAUGGCUAGAAUCCAACAAGAGUUCUAUUUUGGAAUUGUACCCAAGUUGGUUAUAACUGAUCUGACAUUGAUAAAUAAAAUGACCUCAAAGCACAAGGCUUGCUGAUUGU